GCCUGGAACAAUCUCACCGCCGCUGUCUUUUUCAACACCUCGACGCCUUUCCCCCGUCCCUCUAUCGGAUAUUUCCACACAUUUCCCCGGGCUUUCGCGAAUCCCUGCACGGCCACUCCAUACCAGAGGCUCGGUUGGACUGGCGUGCGUGGUCGAGAAUGCGUUCGAGGAGAAAACCAAACAAAAAAUUCAGACCAUGCACCUUCUAAACUCCUGAUCUCUGCUCAGCGAGAAGAACCAUGGCCACCCCGUUUCUGUGGAAGCUCUCGUCCCAGAAAUUGGGCUUCUUCCUGGUGAUCUUCGGCUUCAUCUGGGGCAUGAUGCUGCUCCACUUCACCAUCCAGCAGAGGGUGACUCACGAGAGCAGCGCCGAGCUCCAACAGCAGAUACUGGACCUGAGCAAACGUUAUAUUAAAGCCCUGGCCGAGGAGAAUCAGAGUGUGAUGGAUGGACCGUACGUAGGGAGCAUGACGGCAUAUGACUUGAAGAAGACCCUGGCCGUGCUCUUGGAUAACAUUAUGCAGAGGUUGGGUAAACUCGAGUCCAAGGUUGAAAACAUCUACAAUGGAACCGGAGGAAACCUGACCAACGGAACCAGCACAGCCACGCCCAGCGCUACCAACCCAGAGAAAGUCAACGUGGCCGACCUGCUGAGUGGAGCGCAGGAGAAGUGCGAGCUGCCCCCGCUGGACGGGUUCCCUCACUGCGAGAGCAAGCUCAAGUGGAUGAAGGAGAUGUGGCGCUCCGACGCGUGUUACGGCAAUUACGGCGUCGACGGAACCACCUGCUCCUUCUUCAUCUAUCUCAGUGAGGUGGAGAACUGGUGCCCCCGUCUGCCCUGGAGACUUAAGAUCUUGAACGAGGAGUCGGACCGAAGGGCACAGGCGGAGAUCCGUACGAGUUUCGACGAGCUGUACCGCGUCAUGUCGCAGAGGGAGGAGUUUCGCUGGAUGAUGCUGAGGAUCAAACGAAUGGCUGAACCCUGGGUCAGCGCCAUCCGCUCUCUGGCCCACAAACAGAACCUGACCAAGAGGCGACGCAAGAAGGUCCUGGUUCACUUGGGGCUCCUGACCAAAGAGUCUGGGUUUAAGAUUGCGGAGAACGCCUUCAGCGGGGGUCCUCUGGGUGAGCUGGUGCAGUGGAGCGACCUCAUCACCACCCUGUAUCUGCUGGGCCAUGACGUGCGCAUCUCCGCCUCCAUCGCAGAGCUCAAAGAGAUCAUGCGCAAGGUGAUGGGGAACAAGUCCAGCUGCCCCACGCAAGGAGACAAAAUCGUGGAGCUGAUCUACAUCGACAUAGUGGGACUCACUCAGUUUAAGAAGACGCUCGGUCCGUCCUGGGUCCACUACCAGUGCAUGCUGAGGGUGCUGGACUCCUUCGGGACGGAGCCAGAGUUUAACCACGCCCACUACGCCCAGUCUAAAGGCCACAAGACGCCGUGGGGCAAGUGGAACCUCAACCCACAACAGUUCAACACCAUGUUCCCUCACACUCCAGACAACAGCUUCCUGGGCUUCGUGGUGGAGCAGCAUCUGAACGCCAGCGACAUCAAGCACAUCGACGACAUCAAGAGACAGAACCAGUCGCUCGUCUACGGAAAAGUCGACAACUUCUGGAAGGACAAGAAGAAGUACCUCGACAUCAUCCACAGUUACAUGGACGUUCACGCCACGGUGCACGGGACCAGCACCAUCCACCUGCCCAGUUACGUGAAAAACCACGGCAUCCUGAGCGGGAGGGACCUGCAGUUUCUACUACGAGAGACUAAGUUGUUCGUGGGUCUGUCCUUCCCUUACGAGGGUCCGGCGCCCCUGGAGGCCAUCGCCAACGGCUGCGCUUUCCUCAACCCCAAGUUCAACCCCCCGAAAAGCAGCAAGAACACCGACUUCUUCAAAGGAAAGCCCACCCUGAGAGAGUUGACGUCUCAGCACCCGUACGCAGAGGUGUACAUCGGGCCCCCUCACGUCUGGACCGUGGACAUCGAGAACCCGGGCGAAGUCGAGAGGGCCAUCCGCUCCAUACUCAACCAAAAGAUUGAGCCCUACCUGCCGUACGAGUUCACCUGUGAGGGGAUGCUGCAGAGGGUCAACGCCUUCAUCGAAAACCAGGACUUCUGUCACGGUCAGGUGAUGUGGCCUCCUCUGGGCGCGCUCCAGGUCAAAAUGGCCGACCCCGGGCGCUCGUGUAAACAGGUGUGUCAGGAGGAGCAGCUCAUCUGUGAACCGUCCUUCUUCCAACACCUCAACAAGGACAAAGACCUCGCCAGAUAUGGUUUAGAAUGUCUGACGGUGGAGUCCAGCGCCGACACCGUGGUCCCGGCCUACAGCGAAUCGCGCCGUCACUGCAUUUUCCAGUCGGACCUCCUCCUCUUCAGCUGUGCGGGCGCUCACCCCACUCUGAAACGCGUCUGCCCCUGUCGCAACUACAAGAAGGGCCAGGUGGCGCUGUGCAAGGACUGUCUAUAGCAGCCGGCGCAGUACCACGCUUUCACCAGGCGGGGGCGGAGCAGCUAACCGAGCAGUGUGCGUUCAGAGACACGGAUUAAACACGCGCUCAUAUUUAUUAUUGUUUUUUUUUGGUUUUUCAAGCUGCUGGAAGGAAAAAGAACAUUACACACAGGAAAACGGGGGCCAGUGACUGCGUUUGGACACAGGGGGGCGCUGCAGCAACAUCUCACAAUACUUGAAUCGACACAGACUCGGUAAAAAAAACAGUGAAGUGGUUCAUUUAGUGACUGCUUUUUUUUUGUUUAGGCGAAAUCAAAGCCAGCGCUGCAGAGCCCUUCAUCCCCCCGCCCAAGGCCCCAAGUCCAACUCCAGCUCUGUCAGUCUGAAGCUAUGUUGUAUAUUAUGGUAGGUUUGCACUGGACAGGCACAAGAAAGAGUCCGGAACCCCAGCGUACACUUGAAUAUCAUCACAAAAAGGGCCAUGUUCAACCACUGGGAUUAAAAUGUACCGUUGAAAGUCUGGUCAGCGUUAUAUUUUGUUAAACAUAUCGAUGGUAGGAAAUAAAUACACUGAAAACUCGACAUUUAAAGCCUCCAUGUGUUAUGUCGUUUCCUCGUCACAAACAGACCUGGAAUUGUGUUUUGUUUCAUUCACACAUGUUUGAGUAACUUUUUAUUAUUCACAGAGGACCGAAAGUAAAAACUGGGCUGAACAAAAUAUUUAUUGAAAAAUUUCAACAACAUCUGCAUGUUUUCUCUUCUAUCGAGAUAUGUAAUGUUAAACCUUUUCUUAUUUAAAUAAAUGUUUAAUAAUUGUUUUGCCUAAACAUUGAAUCCAGAACAAGCAAAAUGUAAAAUAAUAAAAAAAAAAUUUUAAUAAAUAAUGUCUCUAUAGGCGAGUUUCAGCUGAUGUCAUUGUUAUUAAAAGCCCGCGUUGCAUGCUGGGAAAUAUUUUGGUCAGAGGCAAGAAACACGGUAGCAUCAAACACAGUGCGUAACCUCGCGUGUUUAUCCCCGAUAAUGGUAAAUUCCUGCUGCAUUAUCGGAUGCACAAAUAGAAGCACCGAAGAAGGAAAAUGUCUUUUUCGUGUUCUGAGUGAAAAGAACCACUAACGGUGAAUUAAACGACUUUCAAACAUCCGCAGAGCAAACGUAGAAGAUCCUAACAAACCGUGGACUCCAACAAGUUCAACAACACAUCGAGACUCUUGGAGGUUUUCAUCUUUUCUGCUGUGAAUGGCCCAGGAGUUUCCACCAAGUCAUUGUGGAUAUCGCCGAAGUGAAUAUUUGUCCAGGUAGUUGGCGAUUCUGACCAGAAAUUUGGUUUGGUCCAACUUUUGUCGGGGUUGAAAAGGGUGAUUUGUCGUCCAUCGAUGCUUAUGACCAAUUUCUGGUCAAAUGGUCUUGGGUCCUCUGCCGUUAGAGUGGAUAAAUAACCGGGAUCAAUACCCUUUACGUGCUUUCUCGCUCCGUCCAUCAUGUUGAAUUAGUGUUUCUUGCCGCCGACCAAAAUAAUUCCCAGCAUGCAACGCGCGCUUUUGUCAACAAUGAAACUCGCCUAUAUUCUAUAUUUGAUUUGAUCUCGAGGGCCAAAUGUAAUUACAUCACGGGUCAAAUUUGGCCUGUGACGUCUGCCAUCAUCACAGCUCUGCCCCACACCUUCACUACUUCAUUUGGAUUAUUAUUUCAGCCCUGGACUUGUCAAUCUCUACUAAACAAAAGGUAAAAAAGGAGCUGUUAACUUGAAAACUAAAGCUUCAUGACAUCACAAGGUGGAACAGAGCAUUUUGAGCUUUGGAGAUGUGACAGACUAAUAAUAAAGAUUUACUCAGACAUGUGUGAAUGAAACAAAACUCAACUCCAGGUCUGUUUUUGAUUUGGAAACAACAUUAUAACAUGACUUAAAGCGUGUAUUAGAGCAUCUUAAAGAGUCAAUUUUAUGUAAUUUAGAACAUUUAAAGGAGCUGUAUGUAGCCUGUGCUUUUACUGUUUAAAAAAGGUACUACAAUCUCAACUGAGCCUGUGUUGCCAGUGUCUAAACCUGCAGAUAGAAAACAUAUUUUGUCUCAAGUUUGUCUCAUUCUUAGAUUAGGGCUCAAAAUGUCCAGAAUUCCCUCACUGUGCUCCAGAGGCUGCACUAGCACUGAUCAGUUUUUGGUGCUGGAGUUUAGAAAGUGAAGAUUCAGAUCAGAGACAUUUUAGGUUCAAACUAACUGGAUUUCAGCUUUGAAACUGGCAACGCAAAUAAGAGACUCACUGUGCUUUCUGAUUGGAUAAUUAUCUUGAACCAAAACACCAAAUUACAACAUAAACAUCUUGUCAAAUGUUUUUAUAACUAAGAAUAAAUCAGCAUUAGAAUUGCUACCACUAAAAGCUAUAUUUGAUUUGAACACGUCUGCCUCAUAUCUGGGGUCACGGUUCAGUCAUGUUUAUGAAAUUUAUAAACAAAAUCUCACACAGAGUUAAUUAAGGUGGUAAUUCUGAGUUACGCUGCAUCUUCUCUGGUCCUCAUAUCUGUAUUACCACCUUAAUGUGAACGAGUGUCAGAUUAGAAAUAAAUCCUACACGAGAUUUGGUUCUAAUCUUGGUUAAAUCCUGCAAAAAACACAUACUUUAGUGUAGUUUAACACGGUCUUGAUUCGAAGUUUCAGAAAAAUACAGACUAUUAAUUAAUUGUAAAGUAAAAGUAUUGAUAAUGACUGUCUAAUUAUGAGCGCAGAAUUAGUUUUUUUUAUUUAAAUGUUCGAUUAAAUGUAGAAAAUUACAAAAGAAAGCAGCUUUAAAAAUGAAAUUGUGUAAUAUUAGAACUACAGCUUACCAGUCUUACCUUAAUAAUAAAAAAUCGUAAAUUUAGAAGGGAGUAAAUAAAUGUUUUGAAGAGCUAAACGUUCCGAGCAGGUCCUUGUACGCUGGGGUUACGAGAACUACGAAUCCGUGUCUCAAUCCAUGUUUUACACUGUACAAAACUUCAACAAAAGUAUAGAUUUUUAUGGAGAAACAUUUUGUGUCGAUCUAGGAAAAAAAAAAAAAAGCAGAUUUCCAUACACCCGGAUCUGAUUUGCACACGUUUUAAGAGACAUUUUUAAAGCUUAUUUAUAGCGAACGAGGAGACGCGCGACGACGCAGAAGGGCCAGUAGGGGGAGUUGGCGUUCACGUUCGCAAACAUCUAGGCGUAGAAGAACAACGUAGAUAGAUAGAUCGCUUGGCAUCGUGCGUAGAGCUACAAUUUUUGGGGGGAUUUCUCGUGGCGUUUUUCGACAAUUACGAAACCUGACACGUCUUUCGUCAUUUGAACUGCAACGGGAUCUACUUUGCCAACUUCGGACCACGCUACUUUUGAACUUCCUUAUUUUGUCCGGAUACCCUUUUUUUUUUUUUUUUUUUUUUGCCUGCAGAUUUACGAAGAAAUUUGUGUUCGUCGUGGUGAAUGGGAAAUGCACUACUACGCUAAUCUAAAACUAUUGGUAACACUGUAUAUUCAUAUUGGUUUGAAUUUUUGUAUUUAUUUUGUACACAAGCCUUUAUGUUUUGCUGGAAAUCUGUUUUUUUAUUUAUAGAAGGGUUGUCUUUUUUUUUUUCUUAUUUUAUAAAGUUUAUUUAUGGAGAGUAAUUUAAGGGAAAACAAAAUAAUGACUGUUUAAAAUAUCGGGCAAAGGAAGUUUAUAACUGUCAGUGUUUGAGUUUGGGCAAUAACGAGAGGAAUCACAUUCGUUUAGGAGACUAUAAAUAUAUAUAUGGAUGUAAUAGAACUGGUUUAUAUAGCAACUGUUGCCAUGGCGAUUCCAGACGCCAUUUUGGGAAGGUAAGACGAGCUCAUUCAAGUGAUAAGUGACAAAUGUUUCUUAAAAUACAAGUGGAAAUCACAUUUAGUUAAACAUUUAUUGGUAUAAUACAACUCUAGAGUGGUUUAUAUAGCAACUGUUGUCAUGGCGAAUUCAGACGCCAUCUUGGGAAGGUGAUGAUUAACCUAAAAAGUGGAACACAUGUUAAAAAUACUAAUCCAAAAUUGAGAUUGGGUAUGAGUCAUAAAUAUAUAUAGGUUUAAUAUAACUUUAAAUUGAUUAUAUAGCCACUGUUGUUAUGGCAACUCUGGAUGACAUUUUGGGAAGGUAAGACAAGCUCAUUCAAGUGAUAAGUAACAAAUAUUUCUUAAAAUACGAGUGGAAAUCACAUUUAGUUAAAUGUAUAUUGGUGUAAUACAACUCUAGCAACUACUUUUAUAGCAACUGUUGCCAUGGCAAAUCUGGACGCCAUCUUGGGAAGGUAAAAUAAAGUCAUUCAAGUGAUAAUUAACCUAAAACGAGGAACUUAAAAUACAAAUCCUAAACUGAGAUUGGGUACGAGUCAUAAAUAUUGAUAGGUAUAAUAUAACUUUAGAUAUAUAAUAACACCUGUUGUCAUGGCGACUCCGGAUGCCAUCUUGGGAAGGUAAAAUAAGCUAAUUUAAGUGAUAAUUAACCUAAAACUGGAACAAACGUUAACAGUCCAAUCCAAAAUUGAGCUUGGGUACAAGUCAAAAACAUAUAUGGGUAUAAUUUAACUUUAGAUUGAUUUUAUAGCCACUGUUGUCAUGGUAACUCCGGAUGACAUCUUGCGAAGGUGAGAUAAACUCAUACAAGUGAUAAUUAAUCUAAAAACAGAGACAGAUGUUUCUUAAAAUACAAAUCAGACACUGAGAUCAAGUAGUUGUCGUUUUCAAAUCUCAAAAAUUAAAAAAAGAAAAUAAAUGGACUUCUAGCAUGGAUUACAAGAUUAACCCCUAGAGUUCAUUUUAAAAGGUAAUUUAUAUGUUUAGUGCCUGACUUUGGAAAAUUUCUAGUAAAGAAAUAACAUCUCCAUGGAGACAAGCAAGUUACACAGUGCACCGUUAAUCUGUUUACAUUAUUGAUAAUAGUUUUUGGAGAUCAUAUAUUCUCACACAUGGGGCUGUACUUGUAUUUUUUGUUUAAUUGGUGUAUUUUACUUAUUCAUUAUGGGACAUUAUGGGAUUAAGGGAAUUACUAAAUUGAAUUAUACAAUAUUAUAUGUUGUUUUUCCUCUCGUUGUUGCCGUAAAAUUCAACAUUUACAGAAUAGUCAACACCAGCUGAUACUAUGUGCUUUCUGGUCUCAUCUCAGUUUAAAAAAAUAUGGGUUAGAAAUAUGUUUUUUUUCACAGUGUCACCUUAUUUUUGUACUGUUUUUUAAGUCUCAGAUCUGUCGCCAAAUUUUAGUUUUUUUCAAAUAUCAUAACGUGCCUUCUUUUUUUUUUUUUUUUACAGUCUGCUUUGUUUUUUUGUAGUUUGUGUCCAAUUGAAAUAGGAAAAAGUUAAGUUUGCAUCAUAUCCAACAACGAAAUGUUUUAAAAUGUGAAAACUGCAGAUAAUAGAUGAUUCAAGAUCCCAUCCAGGUCUAAAACUGAACUAAACCAGGAUUAAUAUCGGUCCAAAUCUAAAUUGGGUCUGAACCAGGUACUGAACCAGGACUAUACAAAACCAAGACCAAUCUGGGACUAAAACCAGGUCUAAACCAGGACUAAAUCAUCACAAUACUUUAGAUCUGAUUUAGACUUGGUUAAGACCAGAUUUGAGUCAAGUCCAAGUACUAAACCAGGACUAAACAAAACCAAGACCAAUCUGGGACUAAAACCAGGGCUAAAAUAGGUCUAAACCAGGACUAAAACGAUUGCAAACCAGGACUAAGAUGAGUCAAAACUAGGACUGAAUCAUCGCAAUACCUUAGAUCUAGUUUAGACUUGGUCCAGACUGGAUUUUGAGUCUGGUUUAAGUACUAAAAAAGUCUAAGUACUAAACCAGGACUAAACAAAACCAAAACCAAUCUGGGACUAAUACCAGGACUAAGAUAGGUCUAAACCAGGACUAAACCUGUAACAACAUAGGUUCAAAUCUAAACUGGGUCUGAACCAGGACUAUACAAGACCACGACCAAUCUGGAACUAAAACCAGGACUAAAUCAUCACAGUAUUUCAGAUCUGGUUUAGACUCGGAUUAAACCAGACUCAAAAAUCCAGUUUGGACCAAGUACUAAAAAAGUCCAAGUAGUCCAAGUACUAAACCAGGACUAAACAACACCAAGCCCAAUUUGAGACUAAAACCAGGACUAAGAUAGGUCUAAACAAGGAUUUAUAUCUGGUUUAAACUUGGUCCAGAUUGGAUUUUGAGUCUGGUUUCACCUAAGUACUAAAAAAAAAAGUCAAGUACUAAACCAGGACUAAACAAAACCAAGACCAAUCUGGGACUAAAACCAGGACUAAAUCAUAACAGUACCUUAGAUGUGGUUUAGAUUUGGUUCAGACCAGAUUUUGAGUCUAUUUUAGUCCAAGUAAUAAACCAGGUCCAAACUGUGCCUAAACUUAAACCUGGGAGAAGAAAUAUCCUGAAUUCAAAUAUUAAAUUGUGCAAAAAAUAAUAAUAAUAAAAAAUUAAACCACAAAAUUAAAAAUAGAUAAAUAAUUAUAAUCUGUACUAGAGAUUAGCUAAAAAUAAUAAUUCCUCUAUUAUAUUUUAAAGGCUCUGUACCUGAUUUUUGAACUUCCGGACUGAAAAAAACAGUUUGGGACUUGUCUCCGUAUGGUUCUCAUCAACCGACGUCCCUGAUUGGAUGAAACAGUUGCUUCCAUAUGGUUCUCAUCCAGCAAAAUGCAUUUUAAAAUAAAUUACAUGCUAUUUUUUCACAAAUUACUGCUUUUACAAAUGUUUUUUCCUCAACAAAAAUAAAUAAAACUCAUGUAGUGGCCCUUUAAUUAUUCAUACAACUAUAUUGAAAAUAAAUUAAGUAAUAUCAGUCACUUUUUUCACAAAUAUCUGCUUUUAUGAAUGUUUAAAUGAAGCUAAAAUAAAUAAAAAUCAGGUACAGACCCUUUAGUAAUUUAAUAAUUGAACAUUAGAUUGCGUCAGUGUUUCCUUUUUGAGAAGAUUUGUGACUUUUGGUGCAUCUCUGCCUUAUUAUAAUUUAGUUUUAUUUAAUUUCCAGAUGAAUUUCCAUCACUGCACUGGUCAUAUCUGGUUAUAUUGUAAGAAAAACAAACCCUGAAGAAGUCUGUUUGUAAACUCAAGGUCAUCCGGUGAUGCUUUUUUCAACGUGACUCUUGUUGCAUCUGUGGUGUGGUUGUAUCCAAAACGGCAGACGGCAAAAGCAGUACGAGGGAUAUAACUUUAUUUUUAAAUAAACAUUUUUUUCUGUGACAAA